GUUUGUAGUGGUUACCGCGGCGGUGGUGGCGGCGGAGGGAGAGCGAGCGAGCUCUCUGGGGGGGAAGGGGAGGGAAGACUGGGUGUGUGCGAGGGUGAAGUGAGACGAAGCGGGGUCUCCGGGCAAGAAGUCUCGGUGGUUCUUGUCACUCCUUCCCGCGGCCGAACCUUUGGAGCCAUGGUGAACCCGGGCUUUUCCGGAGCUGCCGCCGCCGCCCGUGCCGCCACUACCGCUCCCGUCUUUCAAGAGUGAGGGGCGCGUUCGAAGCGAACGAGGAGGCGGCGACUGGAACGGUGGGAGCAGCCGCCACCAUGUCGGAUACGCAGCGGCGAGUGAAGGUGUAUACCCUGAACGAAGACCGGCAAUGGGUCGACCGAGGCACCGGGCACGUCUCCUCCACAUAUGUGGAGGAGCUCAAGGGGAUGUCGCUGUUGGUUCGGGCCGAGUCCGACGGAUCACUACUUUUGGAAUCAAAGAUAAAUCCAAACACUGCAUAUCAGAAACAGCAGGAUACAUUAAUUGUUUGGUCAGAAGCUGAGAACUAUGAUCUGGCUUUAAGCUUUCAGGAAAAAGCUGGCUGUGAUGAGAUCUGGGAAAAAAUUUGUCAGGUUCAAGGUAAGGAUCCAUCAGUGGAAGUCACACAGGAUCUCAUUGAUGAAUCAGAAGAAGAAAGAUUUGAAGAAAUGCCUGAAACCAGUCAUCUGAUUGACCUGCCUACAUGUGAACUCAAUAAACUUGAAGAGAUUGCUGACUUAGUUACCUCAGUUCUCUCCUCACCUAUCCGUAGGGAAAAGCUGGCUCUAGCCUUGGAAAAUGAAGGCUAUAUUAAAAAACUACUGCAGCUGUUCCAAGCUUGUGAGAACCUAGAAAAUACCGAAGGCUUACACCAUUUGUAUGAAAUUAUUAGAGGAAUCUUAUUCCUAAAUAAAGCAACUCUGUUUGAGGUAAUGUUUUCUGACGAGUGUAUCAUGGAUGUCGUGGGAUGUCUUGAAUAUGACCCUGCUUUGGCUCAACCAAAAAGGCAUAGGGAAUUCUUGACCAAAACUGCAAAGUUUAAGGAAGUUAUACCAAUAACAGACUCUGAACUAAGACGAAAAAUACAUCAGACUUAUAGGGUCCAAUACAUUCAGGACAUCAUUUUACCUACGCCAUCUGUUUUUGAAGAGAAUUUUCUUUCUACUCUUACUUCUUUCAUUUUCUUCAACAAAGUUGAGAUAGUCAGCAUGUUGCAGGAAGAUGAAAAGUUUUUGUCUGAAGUUUUUGCACAGUUAACAGAUGAGGCUAUAGAUGAUGAUAAACGGCGUGAAUUGGUUAAUUUUUUCAAGGAAUUCUGUGCAUUUUCUCAGACAUUACAACCUCAAAACAGGGAUGCAUUUUUCAAAACAUUGGCAAAAUUGGGAAUUCUUCCUGCUCUUGAAAUUGUAAUGGGCAUGGAUGAUCUGCAAGUAAGAUCAGCUGCCACAGAUAUAUUUUCUUACUUAGUAGAGUUUAGUCCAUCUAUGGUCCGAGAAUUUGUAAUGCAAGAAGCCCAACAGAGUGAUGAUGAUAUCCUUCUCAUUAAUGUAGUAAUUGAGCAAAUGAUCUGUGAUACUGAUCCUGAGCUAGGAGGCGCUGUUCAGUUAAUGGGACUUCUUCGUACUCUAAUUGAUCCGGAGAACAUGCUGGCUACAACUAAUAAAACUGAAAAAAGUGAAUUUCUAAAUUUCUUCUACAACCAUUGUAUGCAUGUUCUCACAGCACCACUUUUGGCCAAUACGUCAGAGGACAAAUGUGAAAAGGAUAAUUUAGUUGGAUCUAACCAAAACAACACAAUUUGUCCUGAUAAUUAUCAAACAGCACAGCUGCUAGCCUUAAUUUUAGAGUUACUCACAUUUUGUGUGGAACAUCACACAUAUCACAUAAAAAAUUAUAUUAUGAACAAGGACUUGCUAAGAAGAGUAUUGGUCUUAAUGAAUUCAAAGCAUACCUUCCUGGCCUUGUGUGCUCUUCGCUUUAUGAGGCGGAUCAUUGGCCUUAAAGAUGAAUUUUAUAAUCGUUACAUCACCAAGGGAAAUCUUUUUGAGCCAGUUAUAAAUGCUCUUUUGGAUAAUGGAACUCGGUACAAUCUGUUGAAUUCAGCUGUAAUUGAGCUUUUUGAAUUCAUAAGAGUGGAAGAUAUCAAGUCUCUUACUGCACAUAUAGUUGAAAACUUUUAUAAGGCCCUUGAAUCGAUUGAAUAUGUUCAGACAUUCAAAGGAUUGAAGACUAAAUAUGAGCAAGAGAAAGACAGACAAAAUCAGAAACUGAACAGUGUACCAUCUAUAUUGCGUAGUAACAGAUUUCGCAGAGAUGCAAAAACCUUGGAAGAGGAUGAAGAAAUGUGGUUUAAUGAAGAUGAAGAGGAGGAAGGAAAAGCAGUUGUAGCACCAGUGGAAAAAUCUAAGCCAGAAGAUGAUUUUCCAGAUAGUUAUGAAAAAUUUAUGGAGACCAAAAAAGCAAAAGAAAGUGAAGACAAGGAAAACCUUCCAAAAAGGACAUCUUCUGGUGGCUUCAAAUUUACUUUUUCCCACUCUACCACUGCUGCUAAUGGAACAAACAGUACGAACAGUAAACCUGUAGUGGGUCAGACACCACCAGCAAGUUCUAACGGGUCCUCUUCUAAAACUGCAAACUUGGCUACAUCAGUAACAGCCACCAAGGGAAGUUUGGUUGGCUUAGUGGAUUAUCCAGAUGAUGAAGAAGAAGAUGAAGAAGAAGAAACAUCACCCAGGAAAAGACCUCGUCUUGGCUCAUAAAAUUUUUACUGGGGUAUCUGCAACAUGUGGUCUUACUAAAAUGCUGCAACUGUUCAAUGAGCUGAAAAUCUGAAUCAGAAAGCUUUCUCAUUUGAACUUAUAAAUACACAAGGAGUAGCAAAGGACACAGUAUAUCAGCUAGGAGAGUUUAGUUCUGUAACAAAACAAAAACAAAAAACAAAAAACAGGCUUCCCAGGAACUUGAUUGCUUGCUAGUAAUUAAGGGGGUUUGCCUUUCAGGCAGAAAGGAAAAAAAAAAAAAAAAAAAAAAAAAA